AUGCAUUCGGACAGACGAGUUAACGAAAGGACCUCACUUACGAGACCCUUGGAUUCUCCGAACUACGUGGAGUUCGCCAGCUUGUUGAGGACCCGGAAAACUCGAAUCAGACAGUUUCAGUGCUGCAUCUGCGCCACUUUAAUAAUGCCUUCGUCGGAGAAGACUUCGUUGACCGACGACAAGUCAGCCAGGGUGUACUACGUGCACGAGGCGUUGCCAUUUUAUUCUCAUCAGAGGAGGCAACGGCUGCGGCUACGAUGUCUCGCGUACACGAUCGCGGUAGCGAUCUUCACCAUGGCUCUCGUUAUAACAAUAAGCUACUCCGUGAGCCACGACAUACUAGACGCUUCCGGUUCGAAUCUCACCACUUCUUCGUCUCAAUCCACCGUUCAGAACCUCACCGGUACUUUAAAACUGGGCUUCGCCCCAGGAUCUGGAUCCUACACUCUCUUUAGCAAUCCUCCCGCUGUGCCAGCCUCCAAUUCUAUAUUCGUGCCCGACAAAUCCACAAAGGACACCACUGCGACGAAACUGUCGGAUGACGAGAUAAAAGAAGGCUUGGAGGCAGGCCGUCAAGCUGUUAACGAUCGACUCUUCGCAGACGUCACUGCACUGAUGUCUCCGUUACCCUCACCAUCUCCGGAAGUAAGACACCGUUACGCGGUAAGCACCUGCAUGAGCACUGGAACACUAGCUCUGGCAGCUGUAGCAGAACUUGCAGCGACCAAAAGAAUCGAGAGUUCAAGGCUCCUCCUCGGAGCACCCUCUGCCGUGGGCAGCUUCUUCGACGCAGGCUGGCAGUCUUCGGGUGUUUGCAAGCAGCUAGUCACUCCGGAAUGUCCGUCCAGUAAAUACAGAACCUUCGAUGGAAGUUGCAACAGACGGAUGCAACGGGGAGCAACGAUGACACCCUUCAGAAGGAUUCUACCGCCUAACUACGCCGAUGGUAUCGAGACUCCUCGUCGAGCAAUUUCAGGAUCCGAGCUACCCUCGGCGAGAGAAGUCAGCCUGAAGGUUCACAAACCUUCGCCAAGCAGCAAUCCUCACUUCACCGUGAUGCUGGCUGUUUACGGCCAGUUCUUGGACCACGAUAUCACCGCCACCGCGAUCAGUCAGGGUAUCAACGGCACUUCUAUCUCUUGUUGUCCACCGUCUGUCGGCCAUCCAGAGUGUUUCUCUGUUCCGGUGUCCGCCGGAGAUCCUGUUUUCGACGUGACCGGCAGAACGUGCAUGGAUUUCGCCAGAUCUGCACCUGCGCCCCAGUGCAAACUCGGCCCCAGGCAACAGUUGAAUCAGGUGACGGCGUUCAUCGAUGGUUCAGCGAUCUAUGGAUCCGACCAAGGCACAGCACGCAAGCUGCGUGAGUUUUCUGGCGGGCGACUGACGAUGCAGCUAACGCCGGACAAUCGAACUCUAUUACCACCGAGCACGAAUCCUAACGACGGUUGUAAUCGGGAGGCCGAAAGGCUGAGAGGCAGGUACUGCUUCGCAGCCGGCGACGCCAGGGCAAACGAGAACUUGCACUUGACGACGAUGCAUUUGCUCUGGGCGCGACAGCACAAUAGAGUCGCCGAGAAAUUGGCCAAGAUCAAUCCUUCUUGGGACGAUGAAACUCUGUAUGAGGAAUCUCGGCGUAUAGUGGCCGCUCAAUUGCAGCAUAUCACCUAUCAAGAAUUCAUACCCAUUAUCCUGGGAGAGCAAGAAACGAAUCUACGCGAUCUCAGGCCUCUCCAGUCUGGCUACAGACAAUGGACCGCAGAUACGGAUGAGUCUGGUACCGACCCAAGCAUAGCUAACAGUUUCGCAGCAGCCGCCUUUAGAUUCGCUCACACUCUGUUGCCUGGUUUGAUGAAAGUCGCUGACGAGCAAAGGGGAACUUCUUCUUACGUAGAACUGCACAGAAUGCUGUUCAAUCCGUAUAGUUUGUACGCAGAGGGCGGAGUGAAGAGUUCAGUGACUUCCGCCACGAGGAACGUGAUCCAGAUGACGUCCACUCAUGUCACUUCUCAGUUGACUAAUCAUCUGUUCGAAGAUCCCGUCGCUAACGUUACCGUUCCCUGCGGCUUGGAUUUGGUGUCGUUGAAUAUCCAACGUGGAAGGGAUCAUGGCCUACCUGGAUACACCAAAUGGAGGGAUUAUUGCGGACUGGGCAAGGCGGAAAGUUUCUCCGACUUGGAAGGACACUUGGAUCCGCAGGCUCUCGAGGACAUUUCCUCUUUGUACAAGUCGGUUCACGAUGUCGAUUUAUAUACCGGAGCUUUGGCUGAAUUACCCAAGGCUGAUGGCAUUGUCGGGCCCACUUUUGCAUGCUUGAUCACUGAUCAGUUUGUUAGGUUGCAGAAGGGAGACAGAUUCUGGUACGAGAUGCCUGGACAACCGCAUUCGUUCACAGAAGGUAGGACAAUUGUUGACGAUCAGACGAUCCAGAAAUUGUAUUUUAAUCACCAGCUUACAGAAUUACGCAAAACGACACUGGCGAGAUUGAUCUGCGACUGUUCCGACGGCGUAACACAAACUCAGGCGGAAGUUAUGCGAGCAGAGAGUCCAGAAAAUCCUAUGAUAUCCUGCGAAGACAUUCCAGCGCCAUCCUUUGAACCAUGGAGAGAAAACGGUUCAACGCCUCCCACGUUACGAGCUACUUUCAUGCCAGUCAACUGGACCGCAUUUAAGAACAACAUUAACGAUACAAUCAGAGACGUCGUGACUUACAUCAACAGUUCUAGGACCAUGAUAGACACUGACUGGUUAGCCUUCAAGAAUUACAUAAACGAUACAUUCUCUGAUCUUCAAGAUCAACUAUCUGGUUUGCAUUCACCGAAGACAAACGAUACUACAACACUCGAGGAAAAAUUGUCAACCGACUCUGACAGCCCCAUUUUAAGAGCAGCAGGAUCACCAAGUGUUUAUCAGGAUUGGAUUACGUUCAAAAAUAAUCUGGUGAAGUCACUGAAUGACUCUAUACAAACGAUCGGCGGUGGACCGGCCGCAGUGGCCAAGUGGAUAGCUUUUAAACAGAAUAUCGUCGAUCAGUUUGCCGAUUUGAAGGAUCAGAUCUCGUCCAUGAAGGCAGACGUUGCUGCGAAAUUGAAGAACAACGCGGAAGAACAGGCUUUGAUGAACAAAUUGACAGAGUCCUCGACUAUCAAGAGUGCUACGAUUCCUGCAAUUUUUGACUGGAAGAACUUUAAGGAUAAUAUCAUAUCCUCCAUAAACGAUAGUAUUGCGAGUAUAAAUGGCAAUAUGCCUGCUCCUGGUGAUCCAGCUUGGGCCACUUUUGGAAACGAUAUCAAAGAUCGAUUUUCCACGUUCAGGGACAAGAUCGAUAGCCAGAGAUCCACGGCAGCUCCUGUUGAAUUAGCUAUGGAGAAACCACACGUCAAUGAUGAUUGGACAGGCUACAAAUCUGAUAUCAUCAACACAGUAAAUGACGCUGUGAGUAAGAUCAAGAACGAAAUGCCUCCACCAGGCGAUCCGGCGUGGGCUUCGUACAGAGACGAGAUCGUAAAGAGUUUCUCUGCUUUCAAGAGCACUCCACCGCCCAUAGAACUUGCGACGUUGUCUUCUUUAAGUGAAAUCCCCCAACAUGGAUAUUUAAGAGCUUCCUCGACAGGUAAAUUUAACAACACGCAGCUGGCCAACUUGACAGGUGAUUGGUUACAAUUCAAAGCACAGAUCAACGAUUCCUUGACCAAACUGAUCCAGGAUAUUCAGAGCAAGAAACCAGCGGAGGUCGAUCCGAUCGCUUGGGCCGCGUUCAAGGAUUCCGUAAAGAACGAUUUCGCGAAGCUGAAAGAUGAAAUUGCAAGCACGAAGGCUGACUGGCUCGCGGAAAUAAGCAAAUUGAAACCAAACAGAAGUUCUUUGAGUCUUCAAGCUACGUUCGACAAAUCUGAGAGCUCGUUCAAGUUUGAUUAUACCAAGUUUAUCAAGCCAGUCGUCCCUCCUGACGAAUGGGCCGAUUUUAAGAAACAAAUCAACGACACUGUGAUGAAUAUCCUGAAUACUGCGAAUGCGACCGAUCGAUUUAACUUCGACGAGCUUCACGAGAUGUUCAACGAGUCUUUCGCCGACAUCAAGAACGAAUUAUCAGCUCUGAGGAGUUUGGUCGCGGACACGUAUGAUAACAAAACCGCGGCUGACUGGAUCAGCUUUCAAGCGCAGCUGAAUUCCACCGUGAAGAAUUUGGUGGAUAGUUUGAGGAAGGAAGGUCAGGUAGAAACGGGAAAUGUAGUGAGGAUUUUGCUCGAAGCUAGAGACAAGCUGUCUGACCUUGAACCACCAGUGAAUUCAACCACGGCUCCACCAAUAGAGUGGAUUCAGUACGCAUCGCGAACGAAUAAAACGAUUUCAGAUGCAUUGAAAAACAUCGACAAACAGAAACAAGCGGCAGCGAUAGUCAGAGCCGCCGAGCCAGAAUCAUCGUCGUCGGAUAAUCCUAAAAAAUUCACGGAUUGGUUGAUCGUCCCUUGUCUCGUGAGCUCGUUCCACGUGUUCACCAUGGCAUCGAGGUUCUAA